CACACUAAGCAGGGUAAGAAGCGCAGGUUCACCGCAGCGCACGGAAAGGGCUUCAAACGGCGCCAUUUUGGAUUCAGCCUGCAUUCACUUCCGCCUGCGCAGAGAGAAACGGACCUGCCGUAAACUAGCUACGUUGAUUCGGUCUCCUGGCUGGUAUUGUAUUUGCUCGGGGGAUUAUUAAAUACAACACGCGGCCGUUUUAUAUUUUAUUUCAACCCAGACACGAGACGUGUACCCGGGGAUAUUUAGGCGUUGAGCUAUAACGCGUGUAAGGGUGUUUUUUUUGUUUGUUUGUGUGAGCUUCGAAACGGUCUUGGUAGCUCGUUAGCUAGCGCUAGCAGGACAGCGGAGGGGAGGGAAGCGUAACAACGCGCUGUAUAGGAAGUUUCCGUGCAGCUGGUCGCGCAUGCAGCUUCGAUAAACAAAGGUUUCUCCGUUUGGCCGAAUGUUUCAUAAUAGACAGAAGCAGCUAGUUUUUGAAGUGAGAUAACGUGGUCGGCUAAAGCGCCCCCCCUCCUCCCCUCCCCAGGCUUCCCACACGCUCCCAUUCAUCCGCUGCGAAUUCAAAAUGUCGGAGUUUGACGAAUUUGAGAGACAACUGAGCGAAAACAAGCAAGGUGACGGCGUUAACGGCCAUGAGCGGGACAAAGAGAAUAGGCACAGGCGUCGGAGCGGCUCGCGCAGCCGCAGUCGCGAGAGGAAGAGGAGGAGCAGGGAGAGGAGGAGCAGGGAGCGACGCAGCAGCAGCAAAGACCGCCGGCAUAGACGCAGCAAAGACGUGCGUAGUGUUGGCAGUCCCCGACUUACCAUGGAGAUGCGUUCCGAUGACCCCCCAUAUCGUUCCCCACCGAGAGAGAAGAAGAAGAAAAUCAAAAAGUACUGGGACGUCCCUCCUCCAGGAUUUGAGCACAUCACGCCGAUGCAGUACAAGGCCAUGCAAGCUGCUGGUCAAAUUCCUGCCACAGCACUGCUGCCCACUAUGACCCCAGACGGGCUGGCAGUUACACCAACCCCAGUGCCUGUAGUAGGCAGCCAGAUGACUCGCCAGGCUCGGCGGCUGUACGUGGGCAACAUCCCAUUCGGCAUCACAGAGAGCCUGGAGAGGUGGAGUUACGUGCUGGAGAGAAGGGGAAUGGAGGAAUCAAUGAUGGACUUCUUCAAUGCUCAAAUGAGACUAGGGGGUCUUAUUCAGGCUCCAGGAAACCCUGUUCUUGCUGUCCAGAUUAACCAGGAUAAGAACUUUGCCUUCCUUGAGUUGCGCUCUGUGGACGAGACCACACAGGCAAUGGCUUUUGAUGGCAUCAUAUUCCAAGGCCAGAGCCUGAAGAUCCGCCGGCCACACGAUUACCAACCUUUGCCAGGCAUGAGUGAGAAUCCCAGCGUGUAUGUGCCAGGUGGGGUUACUGAACAGCGCGUGGUGUCCACUGUAGUCCCUGACUCUGCUCAUAAGCUUUUUAUUGGAGGUCUCCCCAACUAUCUCAGUGAUGACCAGGUAAAAGAGCUGUUGACAUCCUUUGGGCCUUUAAAGGCGUUCAACCUCGUGAAGGACAGUGCCACAGGGCUCUCCAAAGGCUAUGCCUUCUGCGAAUAUGUCGAUGUCAAUCUUAACGAUCAGGCUAUUGCAGGACUAAAUGGCAUGCAGUUGGGGGAUAAGAAGCUACUAGUCCAGAGAGCGAGCGUAGGAGCCAAGAACGCAACUCUGACGAGCAUAAACGAGACCCCGGUGACGCUGCAGGUGCCGGGUUUGAUGAACAGCUCUAUGAAUCAGAUGGGUGGAAUUCCCACCGAGGUCCUGUGCCUGAUGAACAUGGUGGCUCCAGAGGAACUUCUGGAUGAUGAUGAGUAUGAAGAGAUCGUGGAGGACGUCAGGGACGAGUGCUCCAAAUACGGCCAGGUCAAGAGCAUCGAGAUCCCUCGCCCCGUUGACGGCCUGGAGAUUCCCGGAACUGGAAAGAUCUUCGUGGAGUUCACAACAGUUUUCGACUCCCAGAAAGCAAUGCAAGCUUUGACAGGGAGGAAGUUUGCCAACAGAGUGGUUGUGACCAAAUACUGCGACCCCGAUGCUUACCACCGCCGAGAGUUCAUCUAGAGGAGAACGCGUGAGAGCGGCGACAGGAGGAGUGCGUGGAGAGCCGGAGAACCCGGAUCGAAAGGCUGUAUUAUGACCCAGGAGUGAAUGGAGGAAUGGAUAAAAAAAAAAAUAAUUAUAGAAUAAAAAGGGGGGGUUGUUUUUUCUUAUAGUGCAAGGUGGAAUUUCAUUUUCUUUUUUUUUCUUUUUUUUUUAAAGCAAAAAUGGCUUUUCACAAUGAGUUUGCAUUUUAAUAAAGCAGGGAGUAUUAAUUGAGUUGAUUAUUUUGUUCAGGUGCAUUGGAAAUUGUACAAAAAAAAAAAAACUAAAAUGGGGGGGGGUAGAGGUUACAGUACAUGAUGCUUCUAAAAUCUACAGAAUAUUGUCAAUGGCAUGAGUGAAGGGGGUUGGGGGGGUUGCAGCUUCCUUUCACUUUAUUUUGAUCCCUCUAUUGUCAAACAAUUCUGCUGUUGGUGACCUUAACCACCUUGAUCCUACUACACACUCAAAUUUUUCAGUCUUUUUAUCUCCGAAAUUAGUUUAGUUCAACUGUGUGUUAGUUUAUAUCCAACUCUGUCUGUCCUGUUUCCAGUACACAUGACUGCCUCUAUUAUUGGUAAUUGUAACCAAGUCUAGCAUGGCACCUUUGUGUCUCUCUGUGUGAACAUAACUCUCUUUUUGAUAAUAAACUUAGUGAGAAUUUGAA